ACCAAGCGACAUUGAAAGGAAGAAGCAAACGCAGGCGAUGCCGCAGGAGAAGGCGGACAGAGUUGGAAACAAAGGAACUUGCAUGCAUUGAGGACUCCAAAAGACGUCUGUUGGGCGCUGAAUUCUCGGCUAGACUUUGAGUUGCCAAGGACAGCCUGGGAUCAGAGAAGCUGCAGGUGAGGUCCGAGAGGUGAAGCAAGCCGGGGAAAAGAGACAGGUUGAGGGGAGAGAAGAAGGAAUGUAACGAGGAAAGGAGACUCAUAAAACAGGAAGACAGCAGAAGGAAAGGCACAGAGUCGAAGAAGGAAAGCCGAGACCUUAAAUCCGUGGCUGUCGACUGAGAGCCGUCGCUCCUCCACAUUCCUUUAUUCUCCUUCGCUGUUGAUCUCGUCACCACGAUGGCGAGAGAGGAGACGCAGGAGAGCGAAGAUCAAGACGAGGGUGACGCGUGCGAAAACUGGAGAUGUCAUGUCCCUUGUUGGAGACGAAGGAGGCCGCCCUGUCACUGCAGCAGAGAAACAACUGACGACCAUCAUGUGAAGGCUUGCCAUGACGUCAAAGAAAAAGCAAUCGAAGAGCCCCACCGAGACGACGAGGGGGCGCCUCUGCUUCUCUCCAGGCCGCGGGAGCAGAGGAGAGAGGAAAAGACACUGAAUCAGUCAGAGCUUCUUACAAGGCGCGACGAGGAAACAAAGAAUGCUUGUGUGGCACUUCUUGAAGUCUGUCCAGAGGAAUCUGGUUCGACGGAAGCUCUGAGACGACAGCGCCUUUCUUUUUUGUCUCCGCAUGCUUCCGGAACUUCUCCAUUGUCUUCUCUCGAUUCUUCAGAAUCUUUUUCUGUCGCUUUCUCUCACUGCACCUUCACCCCCCCUGAACUGUCCUUGCCUGUGUCUCUGCCUGUCUCCUCGACUUGCAUGUACCCGGAGGAUCCGUCGUUUCCUCUCUCCCAUGCGUUUGCUUCUCUGGGGAAUGCUGCUGCUUCGACUUCUUCCUCUAUCUCUGCGUCUCCCGCUGUCUCUCUUCAAGAGGGAAGGGCGCUUGGCAGGCCUGCUUGCAUGCGAAAAAGGUCGCCGUUUGUCUGCGAUAGUUCCAGGAGAAAGCGAAUCUGUUUUCUGUCAUCGUUAUUCCCUGCUGAGGCGCAGAAAGCUACCGUCGAAGAUACAGACUCCUUGUCUCUCUCGCUGCCUCGAGAGUCUUCCCAGCUGGGCGCGUUUUGUGACUUCUCGCGAGAGACCAUACUCAAUCAUCGGGGAAUGCUAUCUCUCGUGUCUAAUCCGCAGUCGUCUUCUAUUUACCCUGCUGUUUCUGGAUCUACAGUCGAACAUUCUUCGUCUCUUCUGUCCUUGACGCGUUCGCUUCUCUCGCAUCUCCCUGUGGGGUGCCGUGCCGUCUCCGGUGUCUCUUUAAACUCAGUUUCGCCAUAUUCUGUCUCCUGCCGCAGACGGAGUCCUUCUGGGGCUGCUCAGACUCCAGUUUCUGAGAGGGAGCCUCUGCUUGCAUUGCCCCUUUGUCGUGUUUCGUCUUUUUCUCUUUGCCGGCGCGCAAGGAAGAGAACUUGGACUUUGCUUGGCUGUUCUCUCUCCUCUUCUGCGUGUCUGCUUUUCCCGGGGUUUGCAUCUGCUCUUGCGUCCUCGGCGAACCGCGCACACAAGCUGCCUUGCUUGUUAUCUCGGUGCGCUCGCUGGGCCUCUGCCUUAUGUCUCUCUGUCUCCUUGGCUAUUUUGUCUUGUUCCUUUCCUCUGUUUCUCCGCGUCUCUUGCCUCGCGCGUUCUUCUUGUCUGGCACUCGCUGUCUCGGUCUUCUCGUGUCUCAUCGCUCCUGUCUCCGUCCUCGGAUUUCUCUCCAGGCGGCGGGAUCUCCCCCGCAGCACCGGGACACUGCCCGCUGUCGAGACAGUCGCCUGUCCGAGCCGUGAGGAAGGUGUUUCCUUUUAUUCAACUUCGAGCGUUGCUUUCCUUCCAGAAGAGGCAAAGGGCGCGCGCCACGUGAUCCAGCGACGACGUCGGUGGAUAGCUGCUCUCUGGGUUGUUGCCUGUCUUCCUGUCUUUUCUCGACCUGGUCCUCUCUCGGCUGUUGCCGCGCCUGUCACCGCUUCUCGACUUCACGACCUCGUCUGCACCCGGACUCAAGAAUCGAGACGCGCGAGUCUUCUGUCUGUCAUGCGGAACUCUUCACGCUGUCAAUCCUUUGCUUUUGUGCUGCCUUCCUCCUCCUCUCUUGCGGCUUCAUCUUUGGUGGGAGCCCCUGGCUUCGCUUCUCUUCUCUCUCCCAGGGUGGCUGCGCCGGCUUUUGCAGAGGAGCUGCGACCUCGCCCCGCGUCGCGAGGAGGCUCUCCGUCGUACUGGGGUCGAGGCCGACCAGCGACUCUGUCAAAGUUCCCCUCGUGGUUGCCCUUCUUGACGCUGUCUCUCUCUGCGUCCUUGUCGUCGGUGUUCUUCGCCUCUGUGGCCGCCUCGGAUUUCUUCGUUUCUCCGUUCGUCUUCCGGGAGUCUCCUGCGCCCUCGCUCUCGCUGUCUGAAGACGCCACUCGCGUCUCUUCUUUCCUGGGGCCGCCAGGACGAGGCGGCCCAUCCAGAAGCGACGUCUCUGACGCAUUCAGCGGGAGGCGGCCGUCUCGGCUCGCUUCGCCGCGCCGCCGCGCUGUGGCGCAAGUGCGACGCCUUCCUUUUUCGUCUCCGUGCCUCCUCUCCUCGUCGUGUGGUGGGGUGCUUUCUGGCAACCGAGGAGGGGAAGCGCCGGUGCAUGCAACCCAGUCGUCUGUUGAGCGUGGAGACGCUUCUGCUUGGGUACGUCGAGAGAGGGCCGCAGACGGACGCGCGGGAGCGCUGGGGUGCUCUGCAAAGACGUUCGCGUUCACGGAAGACGCCACGGAGAAUACCGAAAGCGAAGAACUUCCUCUUCCACGCCGGCUCCUCGUGCCCCGCCACAAACUUGACAAAGAGGCGCACUUGAGUCACCAUCGUCCGUCGGUUGUUGCCGGCGGACAUGGCCUUGCUGAAACUCGACUGUAUCGGGUCGUUGCUCUCUUCCGCCCCGAGCUCUCAGUCCCGAAAAUCAAGGAAGCUGUGCGCCCCUACGUGGAUCAGCUUCAGCAGUGGCGCUGUCGAAGCCUUCGCGUAACCUACCGAGGAUAUCGUCGACUAGCGUACCGGGUGAAGAAGAAAGACAGUGCACAUGUGGUGGAGAUGACGUUUGAUCUUUUGCCUUCCGCAGUUCACUACUUGCAUGUGAAGCUGAACCUGGACGACAAUAUCAUCAGGUUCAUGAUUCUGAAAAAUCCGCCACUCCCCCGAAGCAUCGUGAAGAGACGCCACACAAUUCCUCCGGAGGAGUUCGAGGAACUCGUCAGAUACAGCGGUCUCCCUGAGUCUCGGUCCUGAAGGAUCUCCGAGUAGAACUGUUGAUGUAGUGCAAAAAUGCGUGGAGAAGCAAGCGAAAAGAGAGCUAAAGGUGGAAGGACUCAGAGGGAAACUACGCAGAGAAAAGUGGAAGAUCUGAUCGCGCGAAAAAAUACGAAAGGUCAUACAGCAGCGCUACCCCUUCAGAGGGCGAACAGGAGAAAGUUUACGAAACUCAAUGAAUAAACAGACAGAACAAAACACAACGGGGGAUAGACAAGACUGCGAUGCCUAGAGUAAUAAAAACAGCGAAGAUAACAGUCUUCUCCAAGAUGUCCCCCCAGCGUGAACAUCCGUAGUCCGUUUUCCGAUGUUCGCUGUCCAUAAGCUUCUUUGCUCAUCAGUCAGAAACAUUCCUUUUUCCUAUUGCGAAAACGUCUCGGCAGCCCGCCCUCGUGACACAUGCGAGAUCGGUAAAACCGUCUGUCGGUAGGAUCAGGCGUCUUAUCUACGCAUGUACCAGGAUUUAGCGUCAUCUUAAGGAUUCUGCACAUGACA